AUGAGUAAAUCUGUCAGAAGGGGAGAAAUAUACUUUAACGGCGUUUUUAAAUAUUAUAAGAAGAAAAGCUUGCCAGUGCAUGGCGAUGCUGGUUAUGGCGACCUUUCAACAGAGAGGGGAUACGUAUGCCCAAUAAGGGAGAAAAAUAGUACACAUAGAAUAGGAAGGAAGCGGGAAAAGGAUAAUCACGCGGAUGAUAACGUGGACUGGGAAGAGGAUACUGGCCUGGAGAUAGACAAGAUAGACGAAGGGGAAGAAACUGAGAAAGAGCGAGAGGACGAACAGGAAGAACAACGGGGGCGCAAACCAAAACGACUGCAACAAAGAGGCGAGAAAUGGAGAGAAAAACCUCUAGAUCGAUCAAAGGAGCAGAACAGGGUCCCCCCAAAACUCACCGCUAUAACAGGCGACGCAGUGGAGGCACCCGUGAGAAGGACUUUCCCCGAAGGAAUAUUAAAAAAACGCUAUCUUCCAAAACCUCGAAAUGUGUAUAAUUCCAAUGCGGAAUAUGUAGGUCUUAAUGUUCCUCCCGAAUUCAACAAAAUGGAUAUUUCAUUAAAUGAUAAGAGUGGUAGCGCUGGACGUGAGUAUUCUAACACGUUGAAUAAAAAAGGAAAAGGAAAAAAACCAAUAAAAUCGAAGAAUUCUUCUCCAAAAAAGAAGUGUACUUUUAAAAAAAGUAUUUUACUUAGGAAAAAAAAAGCAAGAUUAAAUGAGGCUUAUGACAAUCCGAUAUAUUUCGACAUGUAUCACAGCUGCGAUGCUGCACAACUACGCGGCAAUAGGUCUUAUAUAAGAAAAAAUAAAAAGAAAAUAAACGGAGAGAAUUGUAAAUACAAGUACGAACUUCCCACUAUCGCUUCCUUAGGAAAGGCCAAAAAAUUAAAUUAUUUAAACUUUACAAUUAACGAAGAUGAAAUGACUAAGCAGCAAAGGAUGCUUCUCGAUAAUUUAUCAAACGUGUGCUUUGGCGGUAACCUUCUGUACAACGUUGCGCAGCCAUGCAAGAAGUUGAGGCGUAAAAAGGUAAAACCUUACCUAUAA